UCUGAACCUUUUCCCCUAGUGAAGAAAACAACUGAACAGCCACUGUUAAUCCACUCCUCAGCCCUCCUUUCUCCCUCUUGUUUCCCAGGACAUUUGCCAAGGUUACAGGGAUGGGAGGGGGAGAGGAGCUGACACAAAGGAGCACGAGGGGGGUGAACGACAUGCAGAAUGUAUGAGACGCUGAGCUGAGCAGCUGCAGUUUUGUGUGGCUGCGUGUGUGAGGAUUUUUGGACCCAUUGCAGAGAGACUUAGAUCAUCAGGCCGUGGGACACUAAAUUCCUCUGCUGCUGGACUGCAUCAGGAGUCAGCUGACGGGGCGAAAAGAAGAAAAAGAGAUGAAGAGGAAGUACGAGAGGAGGGUCCACGAGCCUCUUGAAGCAGCAGGAAGGGGGCUGGGCUUCUCUGACAAUGCUUCAAGCCAAUAAAGACUUUCGCAAUGCUAACUUUGACCUGUGUACUUUACAACGAGGGUGCAGCGUUUAGCACUGGCUGCUUGAGAGAGGACACAGAGUGCAUGGUGACUUUGUUUUGAGCCAGUUCGUCAGCAGAGGAGCUGACAUGCAGAGUGUACCAGAAGAGUGGAGGGAAGGACGGGAUGAGGGGAUGGGGGAGAUGUUAGUCAAGAGGAGAGGUGAUUCAGAGUGCAGCAGCGGCGAGAUGAAGGGAGAGUGGAAGAAGAAUGCAGGGACAGGUGGUGAAGAGCUGGAGAAAGAGACGCUGAUGAUGGAGCUGACAAGGAUGGUGCAGAGGAUGGUGAAAGAGAGCAGCUGGUGGGAGAGGCGGGGGAUCGAUUGCAGCAUCCUGGCAGCAGCAUUCCUCUGUCUGCCGCCCGCCUUCCUGCUGCUGUCCUCCUCUCAGAUCGUGUGGUUCGCAGCGGGCAUGCUGCUGAUGGGCGUGGCCCACGCCGUCAUCACUGUCAAAGGGACACAUCUGGCCAGCCACGGGGCGCUGAGCGAGUCGCAGGCCUGGGGGAAGUUCUGGGCCAUCUUCUUCAUCGAGAUCUGUGGUUCAUUCUCAGCGCGAGCCGGCGUGCAGGGACACAUUAAGAUGCAUCAUGCUCAUACUAAUGUCAUUGGACUGGGUGACUCCAGCGUAUGGAAGGUCCCCUUCCUGCCUCGCACUGUCUACCUGUUUGUAGCUCCCCUGGCUGUGCCUGUCAUUACUCCACUCGUUGCACUCGCUCAGCUUAAAGGACACUCUUUGGCCCACAUCAUCAGGACCAUCCUGAUGGUCACGCUGGGCCUGUAUUCACAGUACUGGCUGCUUAUCCACGUCUCUGGGUUCAAGUCACCUCACAGCGCCUUGCUCUUCAUGCUCAUCUGCAGAGCAAUGUUCUCUGUGCCGUAUAUCCAUGUCAACAUUUUCCAGCACAUCGGCCUCCCCAUGUUCUCUCCGACUCGUCGACCAAAGAGGAUCUACCAGAUGACCCACGGAGUCCUGAACCUGCCACGGAACCCUGUGUUGGAUUGGACGUUCGGACACUCGCUUAUCAACUGUCACGUGGAGCACCAUCUCUUCCCCUUUCUGUCUGACAACAUGUGUUUAAAGGUGAAGCCUGUGGUGUCCAAGUACCUGACUGAAAAACAGCUUCCGUACCAGGAGGACAGCUACCUCUCUCGCCUGAACCUCUUCUUCAACAAAUACCAGGAACUGAUGGUGUUUGCCCCCCCGAUCACAGAGCUGGUGGGGGUGCAGUGAUGAAGAUGAACUGUUCAGACUAAUGACUGCUGCUACUGCUCGAAAGCACAGUGCAUUUCUGCUGACAUGCUACAACCUCCACCGUCCAGGUUUGAACUGCCUCUAACAUACAUGAUAGAGUACAAAUCAAUACAAUACUGACACAUUAAAGAUUUAUGUAGUUUGUUUUGAUAUUAGGAGUUAAAUUAACAUCAUGAUUGAUUUUUUAAUGACUAUAUGAACUGAACAAAUAGCACAAAGAUAAGCACUGAAUCAAAAGCAUGAUUAGGCUGAGUAAGUGCUGCAUUAAAAGUCACAAUGGGAGAUUAAUUACAGGUCUCUAAACUGAUCUGGGGUCUGUCUCAUGAAGCAAGUUCAACUUAUUACCUCUGCAAGGAGGUUAUAUGUCUGUUUAUUUGUCAGCAGGAUUACAGAAAAAUGACUGAACCACUUUUCCCCAAGCUUGGUGAAAGGAUGAGACAUGGGCCAAGAAAGAACCCAUUAAAAUCUGCUGCAGAUCCAGGAUUGAUUUAAAAGUCAGGGGCAUAAAAACAAGACAGACAUAUGAGGGAUUGUUCAGCCUUAGCGGAGGUAAGCUCAUUCUAGUUUAGGCUCAGUUUGAGGCUCCUGGCAGUCCUGGAUAACUGGCUAUGACCAAGCAUGCUAUAAAUUACUCUAGAUUUACACUAUCUAACAGGUCUUUAGUGUAAUUUAUUGGCAUAUUAUUUUCAGAAUGCAGGCUAAAAUGAAAUAAAUCAGAACAUGGUGCAUUAGGAUCCGCGCCAAACACAGACUUGUUAGUUGUUCGUCAUGAAUCCUAAUAUAAUAUCCAACCUUUAAAGGAAUAUUUCACACAUUUAGAGAAUUACAUUUUCAUUUGUUCAUGUCAAGCGAAGCUAAUCACCUCCUGUCUCCAGCUCUGUAUUCAUUGUACAGACAAUAAAGUGGUAUCAAUCUUCUUGUCUAACUCUCAGCAAAAAGGCAAAUAAGUAUAAUUCUUAAAAUACCAAACUAUUCCUUUAUCAGUAUCUGAACAAAACCUGCUUUGGGCAGGUUUAGCUCUGCAGUGGUGGUUGCCCUUGGUAACUGGUAGUUAACAGUGAACCUGCUUUGUGAGACAGGCCCCUGUUUUCCUGCAGUGACGGACAGUGGUGAUGUUUUUUUUUGAUUUGCUGUGUUCUCACCUCAGAAGCACAAAAGCACAUCCUUGACUGCACUGUAGUGACAGUACAUAAGGACAUGGAGGUGUCUCAGUGUGUGUGUGUGUGUGUGUGUGUGUGUGUGUAUGUGUGUGUGUGUGUGUGUGUGUGUGUGUGUGUAUGCACUUGACCAUCAUAAUUCAGAAUUCAUUUUCAUCAAUAUUAUUUUAUUGCCUUUAUGGACACAUUGUCUCAUGUAAUCCAAACGUCUGCUGACAGUAAGUUGUUCUCUGAGUGACAUUUGUGAUUAAAUAAAUUAUUGUGUAUUUACACGUCAAAUUAAAGCAUUCGGAAUUUCUUUGAAGCCUACAGACAGCUAUGACUGAAACUUCACACAUUUAAGAAAAAAAGCCAUUUCUUUUUUGACAGGAAAUGCUCAUGUACUGUAACACACUGUAAAUACACUAAAAUGCAGUGAUGCAAUUGAUUUGUUUGGCCACUUGGGGGCAGUAAAACAAAAUAUAAACACAAUAUGGUGAAGCUGUUACUCAUCAAGCAGAGCAACAUUAUCCACAUUUAGAAUCAUGUGUCUCUCCUUUUUUUAUUUAGUUUGAUUUCUACCUGUUCCUGAGAAAAAUAUGUCUGUCUUGACAAAUUGCUUUUAUUCAAGAUU